GUAUGAAAAGGGGGAUUCAAACACCGCAGCCGCAGCCGCAGCCGCAGCCGCCGCCGCCGCAGCCGCUACGUACGUGACGUAACGUACCCCCCUCACUCUCACCCUCACCCACAGCCGCCGCCGCCGCAGCCGCUACGUACGUGACGUAACGUACCCCCCUCACUCACACCCUCACCCACAGCCGCCGCCGUCAAACGAUCGCGUACGUGUGCGACAUACGUUUUCAGUUAUCACAUGUUAUCAAUAAUUUAUUUUUAUCAGUUAUCACACAUUAUUUUUUUUAUCAGUUAUCACACAUUAUUUUUAUCAGUUAUCACACAUUAUUUUUAUCAGUUAAUAACUUAUUUUUAUCAGUUAUCAUAUAUUUAAAAAUAUAAUAUUAUGGGUUAGAAUCGAAUCGUGAGGGUAACAUUGUAUAUAUAUAUAUUUAAGUACAUGCUAAAUAAUAUACAUAAUCAUAUGAAUAUUCUCACAACGUAAAGUUCCCUCUUAUAUACUUGGGGAAAUAAUAUACAAAAAUGUACAUUAAGCCUUGAUACAUAGAUACGAUCUGCUUAUUGUCCCCGACCGGCCACCCACUAAUAAUAUUAAAAUGCCUAUUAGUGAAUAACACACACACACACACACACACAUUAAUAACUGAUAUACUUUUGUGUCUAAAAUUCCAUAUUCUCUCAUGUCGUCAGGAUGACGCCGACUCAUAAUGUAUAUCCUUAAACCAUCACAGAUCCAUAUUCAAUUCAUCGAUAAUCACACAAUACCUUGCAAAAACUCUACCGUCGCCACCCCCUACGUUUGGCGUCGGGUUGACAAUAAGAUACACCUUAUUUAAUAAACUAAAUGACUCUAUAGAAAUUCACACUAACUGCUCGUCUUUACGAGGUGGCGCCGACUCAUAAUGUAUAUCCUUAAACCACCUCUCACAUUCCAGCAAAAUCCAUUAAUACGUGAAAAAUGCCCCCCCCCCUAUUAUAGAGACUCCUGACUUAAAGAGUCGGUGUCUGUUUAGUCCGUCUGCUACCCUAAACUGGUGUACACGUAGUUUUCGUUCGCUCCGUCUUUAUAAAUUUUAGUGUUUUUUAAAGUGUGUGUUUUUAUUUUCAAAAAUAAUUUUAAUCAUGGCUGGUUCAAUUGGAAACAUGGCUAAAGUGUACAAGAAAAAUUUCACAUAUGUACCACCAACACCGCCUGCAGAGCUCAUCGACUGUAAUAAUUUCAUAUUAGACUUCACCGGCCGUAAGUUUUUGAAUGUAGGACUUGAUCCUACGGACGAAUUCAACACCGUAGUACAAAUAAUCACACCAUCGCGGUAUAUUAAUAUGCCAGCCGACUUUCUAAGACGUAUAUUUUCCCUGAUGGGGAAUAUAUUGUCGUUUAUUUUGGACCAACCGCAAAAAUAUAAGCGAAAUUUAUUUCUGGAAACCGAAAUUAUUUCGCUGUCUAGUAUGGUGUAUCAAGGGGAAAAUAUGCUUGUCAUCGAAUCAAAAACACAAGUCGGGUGUCGAGUAUUGUUAAAUCGUGCGGAUUUAAUGAAAUUGCAAUAUGUGGAGGAGAGUAUUUUCGAAACGAUCGCACGAAAGUCAGCCAUCAUACGUCCAGUUGUAUUAAGGCAAUUUGAAAUUAUUGGAAAUUAUAUAGACCGGGAAUUUACCAAUGUGCAAUCGCCACCGAAAACAGUUGAAGAAAUGAUCAUUUUUAUUAAAAACCUUAAGACCGAUAAAAUCAUCUCGAAUAUCGACUUAAACUUUGUUAGUCAACUGAAAAUGUGUGCAGCACGAAAAUUAGCUGAACAAUGGUCUCAACGAUGGAGCGGAGGAAUGUCACCAGAGUUAAUCGUUGACCCCAUUUCACCAUUGUCGCCGACGACAUCGUCAUCGUAUUCACCGUCCAUAUCCAAUCACAUAAUUAUGGCUCCGAAAAAAUAUUCAUCACCGUCCCCUCAAUAUACCGAUGACACCGAUGCGCAGCCGCCACCGACCGAACCAUGGGAUAUAACGCCGCAAUAUUUAUUCUCAUCGUCCUUUUUCGAAGAUGAAUGUUCGCAGAUAAAUCGUACGCAGACAACAUAUCCAGCAAGCUCCGCAUUUGACGAGAACGAUGGACCAAUUAAUGUGUUUAUCAAUGAGAAUGAUGCUCCUACCAGUCUACCAUCAUCAUCAUCAUUACCGGUGUUCAUAGACAAUCAUUCUACAGGACACGUUUCGAACGAGUACCCCCUAUGGUAUAAUAACCGUAUAAAAUCUACGGGCCCUGCUGUUGACGAAAACGACGGUCCGUCGUCUCUCAACCACUCGCCAUCUAUUCUCGACUUCACAGGUGGCAAGCCCACGAAAAAGCGGAACGCAAAACGCAAACUCUUUGAAUGAUAUUGUUUAAAUAAUUUUGUGUGAAAUAAAAAAACAAGCGUGAUACUUAAAACAAGUUUUUUUUUAUUUAUUAGAUUAAGUUUUUACAAUAAGGUUUACAAUUUAUAUUUUUAAAACAAGGUAUAAAAUAUUUACAAGGUAUAAAAAAUAAUUAUAAGAUAUUUAUAAAAUAUAUAUACAAGGUUUACAAUUUUCUGACAUCGCCACUAAACGGAUUAUAAGUUAUAAUCUGAUCAUGUAGUAUUAAACAAUAAGCUGCAGUCUUUUCUGGAAUAACUGUAUCGGUUUCAAAGUCUAUUCGUAGGUCUACGGUCGAUGAUUUCACGUUAUCAUUCUGGUACGACAAAUCGACGACGACGAUUGGAGUAUAGGUUUGAAAAACAUGUUUUGAUAAUAAUGGUUCACAAUAAUCUCGUU